AACUGUUCCACUCAACGGGCAUAGUUGAGUUGCGGACAAACUAUCGUUUGAAGAGGUGGGGCUGAUUGGCUCAUUCUGUCAUUGCGCGCGAAUCGAGUGUUCGGAAUUCAAACAUUGUCAAUUGUGUUCGAAAUUUGAAAUGUUUUUGUGAACAUUAGUGCAAGUGUUCGAAAAUGUCGUCGUUACAUUCUGAUGAUGAUCAGGAGGAGAUAAAUGUAGAUUCUGACAGCAGACUUUCCGGCCAGUGCGACAGAAGUGGUUCCGAAGACCAUGACUCCGACUACCACGACAGAUACCGCGACUCACCCCAUAUCACCGAAACCCAACCGCGGGUCAACUUACCAUUUAGCAUAUCGAGACUAUUAGGAAAACAAUUUGACAUAGACAAACGUAAUUCUGGUGAGAGUGACGAAAGAAGUGAUCAGGACACAGAGUCUGAAAGUGCCAGGGAUGAUGGGAAGGACAAUUUAGCUUUGAAUUUCGCCCAUAACCCUAUGUAUACGAACUCUGGGUUAUUGUUACGGCCCGGGUUAGGUAUUGGUGGUGGGUAUGGGUUUUCCAGCAACCCAGGGGUUGUGAGGGUGCCAGCUCAUAGAGCCUUGGGUGCGUUGGGGGCUUGGGGGGUGGCUCUGGAUCCUAUGAGGCAGGCAGCCGCCGCGGCCUUUGCACACCAAGUUGUUAAGGAUAGAUUAAAUGCAUCGUUUCCAAUCACCCGACGGAUUGGUCAUCCGUACCAGAACAGAACUCCACCGAAGCGCAAAAAACCAAGGACCUCCUUCACAAGGAUGCAGAUAGCUGAAUUAGAAAAGAGAUUUCACAAACAGAAGUAUUUGGCUUCAGCGGAAAGAGCCUCCCUCGCUAAGACCUUGAAGAUGACCGACGCUCAAGUCAAGACCUGGUUCCAGAAUCGACGGACGAAGUGGAGACGCCAAACAGCUGAAGAGCGUGAAGCGGAACGUCAAGCAGCUAACCGCUUAAUGCUUUCACUUCAAGCUGAAGCGCUAAGCAAGGGUUACAUCCCCGAACCACCACCCGGUGCAUCGCUGUCAGCGCUUCAUUAUCAACAGAACGCCGCACCUCCCGCGUCCAAUACAGCGUUAAGCGCAUUACAGAAUUUACAGCCAUGGGCCGGGAACCAUGGCUCUUUUAUAAACCCUCCUAAUACAGCGCCAACAGCGCAUCCACCGCCUGUCGCGUCACCGAUUUGCUGAAUUCGUUCUAAAUUCAAAAAGUUUUUUUUUAUCCUAUGAAAAGAGGUUUUAUUCCAUGAUACAGUUCCAUAAAAUGGCCGAGUCUACGUUUAGUGUCAAAGUAGGCAAUAGCUAGUGAUGAAAUAUUUGCUACAUUAUGAAAUGUUCAAACCAAUUUGGUACUAUCUGGCUAAGACAUAAAUUGUAGCAUUCAGAUAACUCAAUUACUGUAAUAAUGAUUUUAAUAUGUACCUAUGUAUAUGUAAUAUUAUUUUAAUAUAAGAUCUGCUUUAAGUGAUAUCAUUUUUAAUAAUAUGUAUCGCAUUCUUGUAAAAAUGUGUAAAUAGCCUUAGUACUUAAUAUUUCGUAAAAGCUAGUGCUUAGAAACGGCUCUACCGUAUUUAGUGAAAUUUUAUACUAUUUAAAUGUGUAUAUUACGAAAACAGUAUUACUAUAGUUAUUAGAUAUUACAAUCCUACAUAAUCAAUAAAAGUUUGAUAUUUAAAGUGUAAAUAACAUAAUAUUAAUGUAUGAUAUAGAUUAUAAAGUAAAAUUUUAUCGUAUUUAAAUUCGUUUUACAUGAAUUAUUGAGAUUGCGAAAACCUGCUUAGAUUCCGACAAUUCAGUUUGCAAAAUAUGUAAUCAAUAAAAUAUAAUUCAAAUAAAACUGUUAGAAGGAAAAAUAUUUC